CCUCCGGACCCUGGCCGCCCCGAGUGGAGACCAGAGCAAAAUGAUGCUUCAACACCCAGGCCAGGUCUCUGCCUCAGAAGUCAGCGCCUCGGCCAUUGUUCCCUGCCUGUCCCCUCCUGGAUCACUGGUGUUCGAGGAUUUUGCUAACCUGACCCCCUUUGUCAAGGAAGAACUGAGGUUUGCCAUCCAGAACAAGCACCUCUGCCAUCGGAUGUCCUCUGCGCUGGAGUCGGUCACUGUCAACAGCAGACCCCUCGAGAUGUCAGUCAUGAAAGCCCAGGUAGCCCCUGAAGAAGAUGAAAGGAAAAAGAGGCGACGGGAAAGAAAUAAGAUCGCAGCUGCCAAGUGCCGGAACAAGAAGAAGGAGAAGACGGAGUGUCUGCAGAAAGAGUCAGAGAAACUGGAAAGUGUAAAUGCUGAACUGAAGGCCCAAAUCGAGGAGCUCAAGAAUGAGAAGCAGCAUUUGAUAUACAUGCUCAACCUUCAUCGGCCCACGUGUAUUGUCCGGGCUCAGAAUGGACGGACUCCGGAAGAUGAGAGAAACCUUUUUAUCCAACAGAUAAAAGAAGGAACAUUGCAGAGCUAAGCAGCUGUGGUUAUGGGGGCAACUGGGGACUCCUCGUUGAAUCCUCCUUCUACAUCUAAACCCCUGCAGCAAUUGAGAUCUGACUUCCUGUGCACUUCUCGAAUCCCAGCAGCAAAGAACCAUGGAGGCGGGAUGGCUCGGUGACUCAGCUGGGCCUUUCCACUCUGCCCCAGAGCGGACUUCGGACCAGAGCAGGGGCAUUUUUUGCCUCAACUCCAGGAUUUAGGCCUUAACAUACCAGCCACUCUUGGAUACUCCAGAUGGCCCCUGGUUAGCAUCCUGCCCACCCUUCACGUGGAUUCUACAAAAACCAGAACUCCCACCAUUAGGAUUC